UUGUAGUCCAGGGGAUGCGCAGUUGCUAUGGCGCGUUCGAAACCGGGAGAUUUGUCGUCGGGUUUGGUCUCUAACCGAAUUUCUUCAAGGGAUUUCUUUUGUUACAGAGGGGGAUUAAGAGUGAUCAUCUGGAGAGUUUCCCAAGUACUCCCGUGAUGUCCUCGUUGAAGAAUGAAGACCUGUUGAGUGAUGUGGAACCUUUGCCUGGCUCUGCUCCCCCUUCGCCCCCUCACUCUGCCAAUGAUUCUUUCUUAACCCUGUCCCAGUCAAACUGGCCCCUCCCCUCCUCUUCCCACUGCCCAACCUCCUUGGCCCAUUCCUGGCCAUCCUCACCACUCCCUGCCCUGGCCUCCUCCAGCCAGGUGACAGCCAGACUCUACUCUUCCCUGCAGAGGAGUAGAGCGCUAGAGGUGUCUAGCGCUGAGAACCUUAAUCGACCCAGGCAGGUUACUUUCAACUUCUCAUCUCCUGACCUGCGCAGUGAGAGAGUGACGGCACUCCACUCAAGUCCAGCGCUGCCUUCAUCAUUCUCCAAGAUGCUGGAAGAGUGCAGGGAGGCUGCCUCAGGCUCGCCAGCCACCCCCCCGGUCUGCCUGUCGCCCAGCGUGGGUGACCCAGCAUUGGGUAGGCCCAUGGAGGGUGAGGAGAGAGGCCAGGGCCUGGAGCUGGGGCAGCUGGCUGAGGACAUGAGUUUCAACCUGCAGACCAGGGUUGACAGCACGUGUGCCACAGUGCCGAAUGGCAGAAGGCACAUCUUGGAUAUGGAGAGUGUGCGCAGUCACCUGCAGACCAUGCUGAGAGCCACACAAGACCCCCCAGAGUCUGAGCAGGGUACCGCCAUUCUGAACAGCUAUACCUUGCCUGAGAGGCUGCGACAGGAUAACGAGUCAUUUGAGAGUGACAGCACUGCGCACUUGAUCAGGGCCCCCAUACUGACUGACCUGUCACCGCCCUCGUCACUCAGCGGCCUGGAGGAGCUCUUCCCCCGCUACUCCCGUCUGCGGCCUGACAGCGUUCAGCUCUCCGCCGAAACGCAGGUCCUGCGGGACAGCCUGGAGAGGGAGCGAGCGCGGCGCAAGCACCAUGAGAAACAGAUCCAGGUUCUACAAAACAAGGCACUGCAGCUGCAGCAGCAAUUGGCCCUCGCUGUGUCAGCUGACAGGAAGAAGGACAUCAUGAUCGAGCAGCUAGACAAGACUCUGGCCAAGGUGGUGGAGGGCUGGCGGAGGCAUGAGGAGGAGAAGAGCGCGGGAGUGAGGCGGCUGCAGGAGCAGAAGGAGGUGGCAGAGCAGGCCCAGCUCAAACAGCAGGAGGUGCUGGUGCGUUUUGAGCAGUCCCUCUCCCAGGCGGCUGAGACUCUGGACAGAGAGCAGAAACGUGCAGAGGAGCUGCGCAUCUCUAAAGGACAGCUGGAGCAGCAGCUGGCAGAGCUGAGUGCACAACUACAGGAGCAGACCCGGCAGAGGGAGGAGGCGCGGGGCGUGGAGGAGCAGCUCCGGCUCCAGGCCCAGGAGGCGCAGGCCAGCCUGGCCCAGCACAGAGAGGCCUGGGCCGGCCGGGAGCGUGAGCUGGAGGAGCGCGUGGGGCUGCAGGAGGCCCAGCUGGGCCGUGAGCAGAGCAACCGCGAGCGGGAGGCCCAGCAGCUGCAGGAGGCCCAGCGGGAGCUGCAGGAGGUGCAGAGGAGUCUGCAGCGGCUGGAGGGGGAGCUGGAGGAGGCGCGGAGGGAGAGGGACGGGGUGCGCAUGGACAGGGCCCUGGACCAGGCUCGUUUUGAGUCGCAGUGCUCUCAGUUGGAGGUGGAGCACAAGCUGUCAGUGGAGCAGCAGGUGACUGAGAGGCUGGCUGCCCUUCAGGAGGAAAAUGCUAAGACCAGCGCUUCCCUAAGAGAACAUCACAGGAAGCAGCUGCUGGAUCUGAGCGCCCGUCACGAACGAGAGCUGUCUGCGCAGCUGACGCAGUUCAAGACCGAGCUGCAGGAGCGCGAAGAACGUCUGCGCAAAGUCACAGAGGAAUACGAGAAAAAAGUCUCCAUGAAGCAGGAGGAGGUGGUGGUCCUGGAGGCCGGGCGGAGGAAGCUGGAGGCCCAGCGGACAGAGCUGGUGACGAGGCUGCAGCAGCUGAUGCGCUCUCACUGGGCCGAGGCCCUGAGGCUGCUCACCCUCCAGGGCCAGAUGGAUGAAGCCGGCUCCCCGUCCUUCCUGUGCGACAGGGCCGUGUCCUGGUGUGCCUCUGAGGGGGACAGUGGCAGCCGAGGCUGGGAGCUCCCGCUGAGGCUGAACGGAGGCUCCACCGAUGCUAGCCCAGAGUCCAGGCCCACGUCAGAUGUCCCCCAAGCAUUCGGGCUCCAGCUGUCCCGGGAGAGGGGGGAGGCAAGAGGCGACCUUUCCUCCCAGGACAGCAGCCCCUGUGGCCCCCUGGCCCAACCUGGAGCUCCUGAGCCUGACGUCAGUCUGCUGCUCAGCCACAGCCACUCGUUCAGGCCCCUGGAGCCUCUGCUGGAUGAUACCACAGCCACAGUUCUGGGCAGCUGUGAGAUGGAGGAGCUGUCUGAAAAGGCACUGAGCAGAGGAGAGGAGAAGGGGUACGCCGUGGAAAGAGGGCGCCAGGUGAAGGGGCACCGCAGGGAGAGAGGCUACAGCUCAGACCGAGAGCGAGCAGCGAGGGGACACAGCUCUGAGAGAGAGGAGAACUCUGGGUACGGGGUCCACACAGGCAGCAUGGGGCACAGCGGAUACUCUUCCUCCACAGAGAGAGAGGGGCCCAGUGGCUACGGGCCGGGGGGGAACAGGGGCCACAGGGUGGGGGAGAGUGGGCACAGCACUGCCAGGGAAAGAGAAGACCGGUACGGCCAAAACAGGGGAGUCUCUCUGCCUCUGACCAGGAGCGCUGGCCAGAGGGGGGAGCAGCUGGGCAUAGCCAGAGACAGAGGGUUUCCUGUUGGCCAUGAAGCAUGCAGGCUGGGGAGGGAGAGAAUGGGAACAAGUGGCCACUCAUGGGGGGGACAUGAGAGGGAGGCUGGUGGGCCAAUGACAGCUCAGAGCCUCAAUGCGUCUGGCACAGAGUCGCUCAGAGACACCAGCUACAGCAGCACUGUUGUGAGUCAGGCUAAUGCAGGUUUCAGUCGGGGGUUAGGAGGGAGUGUGGCAGGGAAGAGCAGCAACGUCACACAAGGCCUGGGGAGGCCUGGAGAUGCCCAGGGUGGCGUAGGGACCAAGCGGAGACCCCUGGGACCCACCACUCAAGCAGAGAAUCUCGACACCUCGGGGGGGGGCAGACAGAGUGAACUGCAGUACUACAUCACAAAGUUACUGGACCGCUCCCCUGGCGAGCCUGUGGACUCCUCGGCCCUGGACGUCGGGCAGCCUCCUGCAGGCCAGAGCACCUCGGGCGUGAGGGCAGGCCCCAGUGCACCCUGGGACAGUGAGCAGGCCAAAGCCCCAGCAGGGAAGCCGGUCUCUUUCCUACACCCAACGCCCUCCGCAGCCACCAAGCUCCACGCAGCAGCCCUGUCUCCCCAAAUGCUGAGCCAGCUCUCCUGCCUCCUGUCGCAAUACCAUUCCCAACCUGACAGGGCGGCGCCGUCACUGGAGGAGCUCCUAGCCUCCAUGCUCUCCGGCCAAGCGACCAGCUCACUUCAGGGGGCAGUUGAUGGCCAAGGAGAUAGACCUGCCCACGGAAACCUGGAGCAGAAGCUGAGCCAGGCCUGCAAGAGAGAGCAGACGGCCAUGCCAGAUGCAGACCGUCGCAGUCUGCCCUCCAAGCCUGUGGGGGGUGACAGGACCCAGGCCCAGGCUCCAAAGGUCAAGAGGGUGGGUCCCCAGGCCCAACGGGGGGCCACCGCUCGGGGGAAUGUGUGGAGAUGAACCCGGCAGCAAGGAACCAUCUCUCAGGAGGGAGAGCUUUCUUUUCAUCAUCGUGAAAGUGUACUUGCCUAUCGCCGUGAUCCAGUUAUGUUCGCAUGCAGCUUUUACUGGUUGAUGCAGCCCUUGUUCUGCUUCAGAGUGUUUGGACCAAACAAACAAUGUGUCUACUGCGUGGCAAAUUUGUGUCAAUGAACCAUGUCUCCACAGGGUCACUAAAAAUAAUGAUAAAUUACAGGCUUCACAUGACAAAUUAUAAGUCACAUUAAAUUGCAAUACGUACUUCUUUCUAUCCAUAGAGAUUUAGGAUGAAAUCCAGCGUUGUAUGACAGACCCUCAAUGGAGACCCUUUUUUAUGCAUCUACGUUUUUUUUACUACAGUUUGUGUGUAAAUGAAGUAAUUUCUUUUAUUUAUUUAUGUAGUAUUUGUAUAACACAGUUGUCUGAUCUGUUUAUUAAAUACAUCUAGUUUUGCUACA